AUGGCCUCCGCCACCACGAUCGUUCGCUUCUUCGCGUUAACCGCUGCUCUGGGCCAAGCGACUGCUUCUUUCAGUCUCAACAUUUCCGGUCCUAGUUGGGACUACACGACCAAGGACUUGAAAGACACGACAUCCCAGGCUUGCAAGGAUGCCUUCAGCGCCAAUAUCAACUGCGAUGAAACCCUCCUCAAGAUUGUGGCGUCUAUGGAUCCCGACUUCGACCCGCAAUCUUCGGACCUGCAGGCUAUGUGCACCACAACAUGCAGUGACUCAUUGUCCCAGUACAUCGAGAACGUCAAAUCUGCAUGCGAUCAGGAUGGCGAUCUAGCCGGAGUUGGCUACGGCAAUAAGAAUCUUUAUCAGGCUUCUGUAGCCACCGUGGGCGAAGUGUUCCAGUACAAAUACGGCGAAGCUUGUGCCCAGAACGGAUCUGAUUACUGCUUCUUGACUUAUCCCGCCAGCGAGGAUUGGGCCAGAACCGACUUCCCAUGCAGUGACGAAUGUGCUGUUAAGUUUUACCAAAACGCACACGAACAACCUGGCUCGGCAUAUUUCUUUGAUUACUUUGAUUUGACUACCCAAUCAUCAUAUUGGGAUGACACCUUUGCUGGUGGUUGGAAAACUGUCGUUAAAUGCGGCGAUGGUGGAAGCGACACGAGCUCCGUUAGCUCGAGCGCAAGCUCGACAAAGACCGAUGUCGUUGACAUUUCGUCUUCCACUAGCUCGGUGAGCACCAAGGUGGCUGAUUCUACGACCUCAGCACCAACUACUGCGAUGACCUCUACCGCAUCGGCUCAGUCUGCCUCUGAGCCUACUUCGACCACAGCCACCAGUGGCGCUUCGAGGCUCAGGGUCCCCUUUUUUUUUUCUCUAGACUUCUGGCCGUGA